AUGAAAACGGUUAACCUAAAAUCCUGUUUCUUUGCACUGAUUACAUACUUCCUGGUUGCAACAAUUUAUUGUGGAACUGCUCAGAAUGCCCUCUGUAAUAGUGAUUUGAUCAAAGAACAAAAGAAUUUCAUCCGAGUGAUAAAGAGACAACAGUUGUCGGAAAAUGAAAGCCUACCAAUCAUCAAAACCUGGACACGCAAAGCCAAGUGUGAGAAACGCCUAACUGAACGAAGCUUAUGCCCCUGGGACUGUUACGAAAAUUACAAUGCUACACGUUACCCUCAAAUCAUCAAAGAGAAAAUAUGUAAGAAAAGAUUGAACAGAGGACGUCCCAACUCAUGCCGGGUGGUGGACAGUGACGAGAUGCAUUGUGCCAAUGUCACUACAAGCAUCCAAGUGCUAGAAUUUGUCCAUCAUUGCAAUCAUUUCGAUAUUUACAGGAAUCAGACAAUUCAGGUUCAUACAGGAUGUUCUUGUAUAAAUUCAGGUUAA